AUGAGGCCGAGGGCCCUGUGGUUCAUCACAGCAAAAGCCUUUCUGCCGUUUGGUGAGGCCUCACCCCACGGUGCCGGGUCCAGGCGCAGAGGUCCUCCCUCUCGGUGGAUGCUGGGGCAAGGAUGGGCGUUGGACGCCUGCUUUAGAUCGGCUCCCAAGCAAUGCUUGAAACAACGCACCAGUGACGGGCGGAAAACGGACUCCACAGUCUGUAAGACUGUAAAGUAUAAAGAGCUGCCUUGGCUCCAGAAGGCGGCCCCGCGCUGUCGGGGAAAGCAGAAGGGUGCACGUUACUGCAUUGUGCUGAAGCAAGCAGCUACGGAUUUGGCUACGCUGAGGAGACGAGCCCCCUCGGGAGAAGGGCGACGCCUGCACGUGGAAUUGGGAAAGGAAGACUCGUCAGAAAGUUUUUACAAACUUGCGUACUCCAAGUGUUGCAGCGUCUGGAUCGCAGAAUCUGCACACCUGAGCUCUCCCACUCAGGCUCUUGGGAAGCCACAAGACAGUUACUCCAGCCAUGAAGAGGUGCUUAUCGUUCUGUGCGCUUCUCUUUCUCAACACAGGCGCUUUGAUUACCGUCCAAAAACUGAUCCCUACUGCCAAGCUCGUUACACCUUCUGUCCCACUGGCUCUGCCAUUCCAGUUAUGAAAGAAGAGGAUGUCAUUGAAGUGUAUCGAUUACAGGCUCCAGUAUGGGAAUUCAAAUACGGGGACCUACUAGGACAUUUGAAAAUUAUGCACGAUGCUGUGGGUUUCAAGAGCUCUCUGACGGGCAAAAACUACACAAUGGAGUGGUAUGAGCUCUUCCAGCUUGGGAACUGCACAUUUCCGCAUCUCCGGCCUGGCAUGGACGCACCAUUCUGGUGUAACCAGGGAGCUGCCUGCUUUUAUGAAGGAAUAGAUGAUGCACACUGGAAGGAAAAUGGAACUUUAGUUCUCGUGACCACAAUAUCAGGAACCAUGUUUAAUGAAAUGGCGAAAUGGGUAAAAUACGACAACGAGACUGGCAUUUACUACGAGACCUGGACAGUUCAAGCAAGUCCCGACAAACAAUCAGUAGUAUGGUUUGACUCUUACGAAUGCUCUAAAUUUAUACUGAGAACAUACCAGAAGCUAGCUGACUUAGGAGCCGUAUUCAAGAAGAUACAAACAAACUAUACCAGCAUAAUUUUGUUCAGUGGAGAACCUAUUUAUUUGGGAAAUGAAACAUCUAUUUUUGGACCUCUAGGAAACAAGACAUUGGCAGCAGCUAUAAGAGACUUCUACUAUCCAUUCAAACCUCAUCGGACAGUCAUCGAGUUUUUUGUGGAUCUGGUAAAAAUAAUCGAUCGUGUCAUCUUGAAUGGUCAGUUUUACCUCUUCUACAACUUGGAAUACUGGUUUUUACCUAUGAAAUUCCCUUAUCUCAAAAUAAUUUAUGAAGAGGUCCCUUUACCUAGUGGAAGCAAAACAUCCUUUGGUGUCUAAUUGCUUACUGAAGAGCCGAACUUGCCCUUAUGCCAGAAUAUCCUUAAGGAUUUUGGAGCGCUACCACGAUGGUAUUAAACUGUUGUGUGUUUCACUGCUAACUGUAAAAGUUGUGCUGGGAAGGCUUUUGUAGACCACGUGAAAGACUAUGCCUUUUUUUUUUUUUUCUUCUUAUUUACCUGCAAAAUACAUUCAUGAAAGCUUCAGCAUCUCUGACUUGGCCACCAACCGAGAUGGGACGCAAGCAUUACAAGGACCUUCUGUUCUGACCAACCCGGCUAAUCCGUGUGUCAGAGCUAACAAAACUUGAGUGCCUAGAUCUGUCCAGUUCCCUCAACGUGUGCCUUAGACAGCUGUUUCUGUAUUCCUUUCAUUUGUACAACUGGGACCUAUGACCUGUUCUCUGGUCCAGCGGGGUGGGAAGGGGCAGUGACUCUAUCAAUCAGAAGAUGGGGUGGGUGGUACCUUGGCACCACGUUGCUUCCUUCGCCUGCACUGUAAACACAAUACAGAUGGCUCUUUCUAAGGUUUGUGUGUGAGUUUUCUAGCAGAUAGAAGGCAAACAGCCUGGUUUGAUGUCAACGUUGAUGCAUAACCACAGUGUUCGAGCAGUCUCCUGUCUUAAGGUCAACUUGAGGCUUCAAUUAGGUCAGGAAUCUCAACAUGACUUCAAUGGAACUUUUACAUUUCUUUAAAAAGCAUGGAAUCCUUAGUAUGAAAGGAGCAAUGACAGUUUGUGGGGUGUGAAAGUCACAGUUAAAAAUCAGCGCUUGUCAUAGAUUUGCCUGUAAAAAGCAUUUGCAGCCUCUUACUGGCAGUGACCCUUGCAGUAAUGGUGCUGUGCCAGCUGCCGCGUCCUUAAGUCCUGUUCCAGGCUGGGCCUAGAGCAGCUUGGCAGCUGGUUCCCUUUAAACCCAACUGACCAAAGCCCAGAGAAGAUCGGCUUUCUGGAGGGCAGAAUACACAAAAAAUAUACACCUGUGGCAGCAGCAGCACCUCCAAGUGUACAAUGCUCGCUUUGGUAUUUUUAAACUGUUCACAGAGUGAGUCCUGCAGAGGUUAUUACUUGAAUUCCUUGAGUUGUGUGAUCAUGUAAUGGGAUGAGCACGAGAGCUAGUAUGAGAAGAACGAGGUGAUGCGAGCACCUCCCUUCUGCAGGGGAAAGCUGCUAAUGAGUUCCACUGUUACAUGAAACUUCGUCUUCUACCUCGAUUUAUGACUUUUUGCAGCCAAAGUCACAAGCCCUUGCUUUAACCAGCUGAGCUUCAGAUUCUUUAGAUUACCCACCAAGAAGGCAAUCCAGGAGGCUCUAGGGAGGAUAAUGGGGUGCAGCAAGCCUGUCUACAGAAGGUACAUUCUUGCUACUCCAUGGUUUUAGGACUUUGAAACCCUCAGCGUUGUUGAGCCCAUGUUUAUCUUCUCGGGGAAAAAGCCUCAGCCUCACAACCAGUGUCCGAAGCUCUGAAGGGGAAAUAGGACCAUGGAACCAAGGCAGUAGAAGCCCCAAAAGCUUCUUUGCUAGCAUUUGCUAAAAAUCUUGUGGCAUUGAUGCAGCUAGAGAGACCCUUCAGAGCCUGCAGCAGAUGCCACGGUGGGGUAGGUCAUGCUCCCUCACAGUAGCAUAGAGGUCUUGGCUCAGCCUGACAGUGCUGUUGGUUCGCUGUACGGUACUUCCUUGUCUCCAUAUGGGACCGAAGGAGCCUGUGCACCAAAGUCAUUAUUUUCUCCUAAUUGUUGGGAGUAUCUUGUGAUACGUAGAAGAGCCUCACUGAACUGGAAGUGCCAAACCCUGAAAUACACAGGCAACGGUAGCUGAAUCCCACAUGUCAAAGCUGCCUUGUGCAGCUCCUAACAAUGAAAAAAGAUGGGUGCUUGCGGACCAGUAGCAUCAGGAGAGAUUAUACAACAACUUGCCAUAGCUGACUGGUUGCAGAGGUAAAACCUUCAUGAUUAUUUAAGAACUUGACCAAAAACAGUGGCUGUCUAUAUGAAAGAAGUAAUAAUUUUUCAUGUUAUGGUCAAAUGUAACUUAAGGGUUCUAUCAGUUCAUAAUAUCCCAGGCUUCUUGUACCUAAAUUACAGCCCUUCUCCCUUUUCCCAAUCUGCUUAAUUUAGCAUGUUUUUCUCCAACCCUCAUGCUCUGGAUGGCACAGGGAGUUCCUUCAUGGAGAAACAGUUACAUCCUAGCACAUGUUAGUUGGAAGAUAGAGGACAGCAAAUUUCUGGUGACAAGAGCUGAUAACAGGACAGUUAUUUGUCAAGGACACCGCAUCCCUUCCAGGCAGAAGCAGAAAGCAGCAGCAAUUUGAGACAGAACCUGUGAGCAUAUUCGGCUGUAGGUCACACCAACGAUCAUUUGAAGAUUCCUGUGCGCAGCCACGUGCAAGUCUCUUUCGCAGUUUGGAAGAAAGAGGAACUCUGUCCUCAAGUUUAAGGUACUGGUCAUCAGUGUAAGGGUUGCCCUCUUUUAAUGUACAGGAGUUCCUUCUGAGGCUGGUAUUUAUUUGUUCCUAAUGGGCACAAGUGUUGGAGAGAGCCCCUCACUUUCUUUGCUUCCCUCAGUUUGCGAGGUUUUGUUCAGAACCUUGAAAGCCAACUGUUCAGACUGAAUGCGCAGCCAGGUGGAAAUGAACUCCACUGGCGCCAACUGCAAUGCUGGAAGAGGUCCAGUUGUUGGAAGCUGACUAAUUACUGCACUGAAAAUCUUUUCACCGGCAUUUAGACUGAAGUUCGCGAGUGUGGUGCGCUCUUGUCAGCAGAAUCCAGAAUCCUUGCGUUAGGCCUACAGGGUUAGAUACAAAAUGACACUGAGCUGAUGCGUAGGCUACUUCUGGGAAGCUUAGAUGAGCCUGGAAUAAAUCCAUAAAGAUGAACUUCUGUCACUUCAAAAGCGUUUGCGGCAUCUGACAGCUUCUGUACACCUGAUCUGUUGUUGUUUGUGCCCCAAACCCUUCUAUUCGGCUCAGGCAUGAGGUGGACGCCUUCCUGCUGCAAGUCACACGGGGGAGCAGGAAUAACGGCAUCACACCUCACAUUUCGCUUGCAGCCAGCUGGUAUUAGCGCUUGCCUGACGGCAGGAGCCAAGGGCUCUCCUAACUGCCGGGCUCAAGGCUGAGCUCCUACUUUCUCUUCUACCCGUCUCCAGUGAAUGUGUCAUCGAGUCAUUACUCAUGCUUUGAAUACAGGAGUUACUGGCCACUUUAGACCGCACGUGGAUCUGCUCCUUGCUUCGAUGCGUCCCGCGGUCAAGGGUAAAAACAAGCCAUUGUUCUGUAAUGCAGAAAUUACCAAGUCUGUGCACAGUGGUCUUGUGCAAAGCUGCUUAAUUUUCCUACCACGGAGCUGCUCAGAGCUGUAACCCACACUCGGCUCCAGGAGGGUUCUCGAGCAAGGCAGUUCCCGGCUUGUCAUACGUCAAGGUCAAAUAUAGCACACGGCUCCUCUUCCCCAAAGGGCCAUGCAAUGAAAAUAGCUGGUACAAACGCCUUCUGCCUCCCCCCUCACAAACCCACUCGGGGAUGUUCUGGGUCAGGAGGGCUGCUGCCUUCAGCACCAGAACCCCGGAUGGUGUCAGUGACAUUGCGGUUCUUGUGGUUUUGAAGUCACCACAGCUAGGGAAUGACUUGAAAAGCAGAGCAGGUUCCUGCUCUUCUGCUUACACUGGAGUCUAAAAUUGCAGUCUAAAGCACAACCCUCCCCCCAUCAGCUGCUGACUGCAAAUUAGCAAGAUCAGACAGCGCAGAGAGACCGUACCAGCCAUCCAGAGAACAUCGUAUUUUCGGUCUAGGAAAACCAGCUAAAAUGACCAGAAUCCUCUCAUGUCCCGUCAUGGCAUAAGGCAUGGGUGGGAGAUAGGACAGAAAGCACACCACAAUCUCCAUUUCAAAGCACACAAACACCAACAGCCAGCGGUGGGUGUGAUCCUACAAGAAAGCCCUAACAAAAAAAGGAUGAACGGCUGGGUAUGGGGAACAUCUAAGGCUGACUCUGGUUUCGCUGGCCUAGUUGAACUUCAAUCCUAUCUCCAAGGAGCUUGUUUCUACAGCACCCGUAUUUUAGGAAAAUUAAUUUACAGUUUGUAGUCUGAACUAUGAACACUGAAGGUCAGAGUCCCUUUAAGGUUUCACAACGUAAGUUUCCUCAUGUUUUAUAUAACAGCAGCAGCCCCUAUUUUUACAAUUUCAUGUGCGACCAAUUAAAUUGGCCAAAGAUUAAGAUAGAUCAUUCUGAAGAAAAGUAACAAAGUUUAGGUUCCAGUCAGGCCUACUCCAGAUAUAAAGAGGCCCAGCUGAACCCCACUUUAAAUUUGUAGGAGGUUAGUUUGGCGCACAUCAAACUUUUAACGAUUGGGAUACAGCCAAUUUAUACCUAUGUAGUUAGAUCAGUUUGUGUAAUACUGGCAAGUUUCUGACUGAAAAUCCCUAAAAAACCCCCCACUUAAAUGCUGAAGUUUUUAGUUUUAGGUAAAUUGCAGGAAACUACAAAGAUAGCGUCAGCAGCUGCUCUUGAAUUACUCACCUUUUCUCUUCUGAUACAGCCUGCGGUAAGCAAGUCUAACUGGCCAGGAUCACCGCAGCUCUUUGGCAUCAACAGCUUCCAAGAGUGAUUCUAUAUCCAAAAACUGAAGCGAUGGACUUGGGCGGAGAGGUAAGAUUUGCCACAUUAACGACUCCAACCCACAACUGGACAACCAAGCCAACACUGGAUUAUCUUCUUCUGAAAACAAGAAAGGAAGGUGAACCUCAGGAGAAAAUGGUAUCUUACAGCUGUAGGACACCAGCAUUCACAUUGCUGGUGAACUUCACGACAGUCUACAGUACUCGUUACUACUCCUGUCGUGGAGUUUUAAAUUUUUUUUUAGGCAUUCACUUUUUCCAACACAGGUAGAAGGCAAAGUAAGAAUUGUACAAGAUUUGCUAAAAAGGAGCAUCGUAGCUUUCCUGGAGCUACUUAGAAUAUAGCCUUGCCUGGGAAGUUUGGGUUAUAGCUGGAUUAUUUGAGGUAAGAAUGCUGCAAUUGGUUUGAUGUAUAAAAACUGCUGACCUUCAGUGGAAGAGAGAGACAACUGCUUUCAAGUGGAGGGGUUGUUUUUUUUUUAACCCUUGAACAUUUUGAUAACCAUUACGAUACGGUGUCACGUCUAUGAAGGACUUUUUGAAGUCUGUUCAACAAGAUGAAGACCUCCUCGGAAGAGACCUUGCUGGGGAAAGCUGUUCCACUGCAACAAAGGAAAAAGCCUUCAGCUGCUGACACGUUCCCCGCCUUGGGAUCCAAGAGAGUUCUCUCUGUGAGAAGCAGAGCGCUGGGUUUCAAAGACGCAAAUUCCGGCAUUGAGGGACGUCGGGUAUCUAGGUUGUCUCUUGCCUUUCAGUUGUUCCCACUCUCACAGCAGACCAGCUUACCUUGCCCACGUCAGCAGCCAAGGUCCAAAGAGGUUUUAGCUGCAUUACUGAUGAGAUUACUUCACACGUUAAUUGAGUGAAAACUUGUCCUCUUCCCCAGAUCAGUGGCGUUACUCCACCUUUAUCAGGCAGGCAAUUCCGAGAGUCAGAAUAUAAAAAACACUGAGAUUUUUUACUUUUACGGACUAAAUGUAUUGACACCUUUUAUACAAAGAAAAGCAAAUUAUAGUAUUUCAUUAAUUUAACAAAUUCUAAUACAAAACCUGCGUAUUUCAUAAAAUGCGAUUUUUAAAUCAAAGCUUUACAGAAACGUACAGCUCCCCUAUAAAGAUGUCCAGUCCACCGAGCAGUGCUUGCUCAAAACAUAGUUAUGAACUUAAAUAUGCUCAUAAGCAUAUUCCACUCAAACUGUACAUUUGGAUAAACAUGACUGAAGUCAGAAAAGAAAAUCUGCUUGUUACCAGAACUAGCUGUACAGCUGGAACGAGGAGCAGCCACCAGCUCAGUCCAGCAGAGCCCCCAGCUGGAGCAGCUCUGCCUUGCAGGUGGCUGACCCCACCUUCCAAGCGCAUUCAGCUGUCACGCGAAUGCUUUAAAUGCUUUAGUGUUGGCCAUCAGUAACAUAAGAGAGAAAAUAACGUAACUGCUGGCGCUAAGAAAUGAAGUCACAAGCCAUGUCCAGAUCACAGGCAACACGUUGCCUACGCCACUUACAGACUGAAAACCUUCUUUAAUUAAUUUACCAAAUAUUCAAAAAAGAUUUUUGCCUAUUGCUCUACUUCACGCAGGUUUACGGCUUUUAGGUUUUUAAAUAUUACGAAAUGAUCGAACUAGCUGAAUUAAAGGUAUACAAAAUGAUCAUCUAUCAAACAUUCACUUUAUACAUAAACAUUUCCGAAACAGAUUUACAGUAUACAAUUAGUUUAUACAGCUUAAGCAAUUGUUACAAUGUCAUUUCUCUCAAACUGAAAGCAGCAAAAGGUCGAAGAUUUUGUUAGAAGGUUCUUGGUCAUCACUCAAAUUUUAAACUUUCUUGUCUCACACUGUUCACAUCCACGUCGACACAUUCAACACUGCAGGGUUCAUUGAAUAAACUGUACAUUAUUCCAUCUAACCCUAUGCUGCAAAACCAGUUAAUGGGCAUGAAAAGCUCAUUAACUCCAACGUGUUUUUAAAUACAAUGUAUCUACAUUUUUCCCCAGAAUGCUUUCGCUUCCUGAGCUAGACAUAAAAUACCUUAAAACAGGUUUAGACACAGAUCCGAGACCCCAUGAGCAAACUACGUUAAAAUGCAUAGAGGGGGG